AUGGAAGACAUGCAGAUGCACGAGCAUGGCAGGUUCGUCUGCUUUGACCACAUCACUUUCUGGGUUGGGAAUGCCAAACAGGCUGCCUCCUUUUACUGCACCAAGUUGGGUUUCGUUCCGCUGGCUUACCGGGGCCUGGAGACCGGUAGCCGUGACGUCGUCUCCCACGCGGUCAGGCAGGGGAAGAUUAUUUUUGUAUUUUCCUCAGCCUUGAAUCCUGGCAACAAGGAGAUGGGGGAUCACCUGGUGAAACAUGGAGAUGGGGUCAGAGACAUUGCGUUUACAGUGGAAGACUGUGACUACCUGGUGCAGAAAGCCAGAGAGCGAGGUGCCAACAUCAUUGAGGAGCCUCAUGUGGUUGAGGACAAGUUUGGCAGUGUGAAACUGGCCAUGCUGCAGACUUAUGGGGACACUGUCCACACUCUGGUGGAGAGACAGAACUACAACGGACUCUUUCUCCCAGGAUUCCAUGCUCCUCUCUUCCAUGAUCCACUUUUGGAUAAGCUACCAUGUAGCAAGCUAGAUUACAUCGACCAUGUAGUGGGAAACCAGCCGAAUGACGAGAUGGUCCCUGUGGUGGAUUGGUACCAGAAGAACCUGCUGUUUCACAGGUUCUGGUCAGUAGAUGAUAAACAGCUACAGACUGAGUUUAGUGCUCUGCAGUCCAUAGUGGUGGCCAACUAUGAGGAGACUGUGAAAAUGCCCAUCAAUGAACCAGCCAUGGGAAAACGCAAGUCUCAGAUCCAGGAGUAUGUGGAGUAUUAUGGUGGUCCAGGAGUUCAGCAUAUUGCCAUGAAUACCUCCAACAUCAUUGACACUAUCAAUAAUCUAAAGGGUCGUGGCAUGGAGUUCAUGACUGUGCCCAAUGCCUACUACCAGCAACUCCACGAAAAGCUGAAGCUUUCCAAGGUGAAGAUCAUUGAGGACAUCAGCAUAUUGGAGGAGCUGAACAUUUUGGUGGAUUAUGAUGAUAAUGGCUACCUCCUCCAGAUCUUCACCAAACCUGUCCAAGACAGACCCACUGUGUUCCUGGAGGUUAUACAAAGACACAACCACCAGGGCUUUGGAGCCGGGAAUUUCAGGUCUUUGUUUGAGGCGAUUGAGGCAGACCAGAAAGCCAGGGGGAACCUCACUAUCCUGAACCCGAACGGAACAUCAGAGAAACUCUGAAUCACGUUAAAUAAUAUGAUACAUUUUAUUAAUCAUACCAUCGAGGUCAGUAGUUUUUUAAAGAAUGUUAGACACCUCACUCAGCUCAUUUUGUACUAAUUUAGCUGUUUCGUUUCCUCUAUCGUGGCUGUCGUCUUAAGUAAGCAAUCUGUAUUUAGUGCUAGAUGUGGUUCCAGCAGUAGU